AAUAAUAACCAUCUAUUCAAACUGUUAUUAUGCUAUUAAUGAUGACAAUAAUAAUAUGCUGCAAUAUUUAGCUAAAAAGCUCAUCAGUCAAAGAAAACAAAACGAAGAUAAAGAUAUAAAAAGUGCAAAUUAUAAAAAAUGUAAACCAAUAACUCAAAAAUUAGUUGAUUUCCACAUAUUACUUAAAUCCAUCGUUUCAAAACAACCACGCAAUAAUAAAUUUGAACAAACUUUUCAAGUUCAGAUAUUUGACAGUGAAUCUACUGACACAAAAUUUAAUGAUGAAUUAGAAACACUUUAUUCUAUUGCUAAUAAAUCUUUAAAUUCAUAUCUGGACGAUAGUUUAUGUUCAAUAGACAUUGAACAACAACAAAAUCCAAUCGAUUUAAAACAAGCGAAUUCACCAUUGGAACAUUUAACAGAUAUACCACUUAAACAAUCAUUUGAAGAUCACCAUGAACGCUUGAACAUUGAACAAUUUGGUGAUGUUAUGAAUAACGCGUCUAAAAUAAAUAAUGACAGUAAAUGUGAAUUACUCGACAAUGGUCAGGAAUUUUGUAGCAAUAUUUCCGCCAUUAAUCAUAAAUCACAAGAUGAAUGUGGAACAAAGACUGGUGAUAAGCCUCAAUCAGAAUUAGAGGAUGAAAAAGAGGCUAAUAAUUUAUUAGUUGAUUUAAACAGACAGUUGUAUAAUUCAGAAAAGAAAACUAUUGAACUAUUGAACAACAAGUCAUCCACUGAGAAACACAACGAUCCCCGGUCAACUGUUUUUGAUCGACUUGACAGUCCAUUAUCUGAUUUCACUGACUAUUAUUAUCAUUACAACUUUUAUGAGCAAAUAACUAAAGUGGAACAAAAACAAGGGACGGAACACCACCAACAACAACGGCAACAGAAAAUGAAGAAAGAUGACCUUGAAGUUAAAAUUGUUCAAAAUUCAAUCUUAUCAAGAAGUGAUGAACUAAAACAAAAGGCUUAUUAUAAAUCACAAGGCGAUUUACUACUAGUCAGAAAAAAUAUCCAUCUACAACAUGGUUUAGUUAAAAAAACUGACCAAAGUUCUGCUUCUAAAGUAUUUAAUAGAAAAUUAAAAAAUAAUUUAAGACAAAAUCACCAACAAAUUAUAUUUCAAGAGUUCAAUAGUACAAUUAUUUGGAUAUCACCUAUAAAAAAGCGUAGUAUUAUAUUGUUACGAAAUAAAUUUCUCCCUUCAUCCUUCAACUAUUCGCGAAUAGACGCUAACAGUCGAUUUAAACAAAGUAACAAUCAAUUUUUAAAGAUUCAGUCUCAAUUGAACAAGACGCCUGUUGAUACCGUUGAAUAUAAAAUUCAAUUAAAGACACAUGAACAGCACGCGGUGUUGGCGAUCGACUUCAAUGCAUUCAAUAAUGCUGGGUGCAAUCCAUUUGAGGGCUAUUAUCGGAGUUUAUCACAUUCAGACUAUUCUCGAUCGCCAUCUCACUGGAGUGAUGUUUACUUUGAUUUUAAUGUUGGGAAAGAGAAUAAAUUGCAUAUGAAAAUAAGAAAUGAUAUACCAUUGAAAUAUUGUGCUACUGUUAUCGCUUAUCAAUUAGGUAAUCCAAUGGCUGAAAAGAAAAUUCACUUCUAUUGGCCUAAUGAUACUACUGAAUUAAAUAUUAAUCAAUCCUUGAAUGAAAUGAACUUAGAGAAUAAUGUAGAAAUUAUUACAAAAUUUCAGCCAUAA